ACAAACAAAAAAAAGGGAAAAGAAAACCGUCCUUAUUCCCCCUGCCUUCUUCGUAAGAGGCAGGAACUUCAAGGUAGCGGAAUAGAGCUUCACGGAGCGGGCCGUGGCUGCCGACCACCCGCUCCCACUCGACGGCCGCGGGAGGGGUCGCUUGGGGGGGGGGGGUGUGUGGUACAGGCAUGUGUCUGGCCCUGCAGCGGGGGGACGCUGGGCAGAAAGCCAAGGCGAGGAACCAGAUGUUUGGAUUUUGAGGAUUUUUCAUAACUGCAAGGCGAGAUUCUUCUGCCUAGCCUCCGGCUGCGCGGCUGGAGCUGCACCUUACCCUGGUGAGCUCUCGCCGCGGUUUUCCUGUUCCAGGUAGGCUCUGGCAGGCUGAAGCCAUCCUCUUCUAUCCGCUGCCAUUAGGCUGGUCUCAGACUUGCUGCGGGCACGGCUCUCUUCCUCAUCCGGUCCGCCAGCUCUUGGCAGGCACAGGACGAAGGGAUGGACCCCUCAACCCACCGCUCGGAUGGGCUCGGGCAGGGCAGGACCCCUUUCCGAGACAGAAACCAGAGGCAUCACUCGCACAAAGAGUCUUUGGAAGUUCAGGUCCCCCGUCCCUUCGUCGUGUCUUCGACCCGCCUGCGUUAGGGAUUCUCGUGGCGCGUCCCACCUGCCUCGCCCGGGGCAGCUGCCGUGGAAGCUGUUUGCCCGUGGGUCUGCGCACCGCUCCCCGCCCCUAUAUGGGGAGAGGUUGGGGGCGCAAGGCCGCCGCCCCCAUCCCCUCUCCCGGUGAGAGAAAAACCCCUCGGGAACCGCCCCUGCUUGAGGUGGGGAUGAAACCGGGCUGCCCUCCGUGGUGCCGUGCUUGAGGAGCAGGCUGCCGCCAUCCCGCCGUCCUUCGCCCCCCUGCCGGUGCCCCUCGCCUCGAGCGGGUGCUCGCAUUUUUCCUCUGCCGCAGGGAGCCGGGGGAGCGCGAGAGCGGACGCGGCAGCCUCCGCUGGAGGAGGAGCCGGAGCGGGGAGGGGACGGGAGGGGCAGGAGGUGGGAGUAGGUGCCAGGGGCUGCCGCUGCCCCCAGGAAUAGAGAAGCUGAGUGACAGCGACGAGCUGGGUAGAAGCGACGGGCGAGAUCGCAGCCAGGGGAGAGGGAAAGCCAGCGGCGGCCGUGAGGCUCAGGUCGGUGGGAGGAAAUGGAGGGGUCCCCCCGGAGCGACGGCGACCGCCUGUGCAGCGCCGCCGCCCGCGGGGACCACGAAGAGCUGAGGAGGCUGCUGCAAGCAGGCGUGGAUCCCAACGGGACCAACCGCUUUGGGAGAACCCCGCUCCAGGUGAUGAUGCUGGGCAGACCGCGGGUGGCCGAGCUGCUGCUGCGGCACGGAGCGGACCCCAACCACCCCGACCCGCGCACCGGCUGCUUCCCGGUGCACGACGCGGCCCGCGCCGGCUUUCUGGAGACGCUGGCGACGCUGCACCGGGCCGGGGCGCGCCUCGACCUCCCCGACGGCCGCGGCCGCCUGCCCCUCGACGUGGCGGCGGGGGGCCCGCACGGAGCGGUGGGGCGGUACCUGCGCGACCCUCCGCCCCUUCCGGGAGCCGCGGGGGCCGCCGAGAAGGCUGCGCGCUGAGCCCCCCCACGGCCGUCCCGCCGAGUCCUUGUCCCCGUAUCCCCCGCAGCCCACCUCCCCCGGGAGUAUCCCUGCCGCCGGGUCAUCAGCGAGCCAUCGCGGAUGGCGGGGCUCCCGAUGUCCGUCUGCUACUGGGGAGAGUGCUCCUUUGUCCUGUCAUCUCCAGGGCUCCUCCUGAGCCGCUCCGGCUCCUGCUUCCUCGGGAAGACACGAGAUUUUCUCUGUUUCCUGAGAAAAAGAAGAAAAAAAAUCCAAAACACAAUCAAGACUAGCGUUCCUGUUUAUCCCUCUCACACUCUUCGGCGGGGAGAACACAAGGUCCUUUUGUGCUCUAGUGGGGGAAAAAAACCAUAAAUAUUCACCUUUUCCUCUCUCUCUCUUUUUUUUUUUUUUUUUUUUUUUUUUUUACAAUAAAGCUGGUUAGAGAAGUGAGAACGCUGUUUCCCUUACUGGUUUGCUCACUGCCCUGCAAAGCUUUGUAUUUCAGUUAUUCCUUGAGAUUCUUUUAUGUUGUCGCACUCCAAAAUAGUAAACACUUUAGCCAUAUCCUUUAUAAAUUUAAUUAAUCCCCAGAGCUUCUCCCCUCACCAACCCACUCAACAUACAGUUUUAACAUCAAGGUGUAACAGUGAUUGAAUGGUAAAAAUUUUAAUGCUGAUGAGCAUUACAGUUUGGGAACGACAAACAUUUUGUGUAGCUGUAUUUAUGGAAAAUCGUGGGAGAAAACAAUCGGGAAUCAAUUAGUUACUGCAUAGUAUUUUGCAUUUGGAAACCCCAUUCUCUCAGAAGAUAUAGACAACAAGCUUCUUAUUUUUAAGACAGCUUUCUGGGUCUCUAAACCAGAUAUUUGGAAAUAACAACAAAUGACCGAGUUUGGUUAUAAAUCUGGAUUUUUGUACACUUUUUGGUUUCUGUUUUCUGUUUUUCCUGUGUAAUUUCUAUAAUCUACCCGAUGUUCAUACCCCUUAUGUGUGAUUAAACACCUGCAAUUAUUCAGUAAUAAAAGACGAAAAAGAUUGGCUUAAAAAUAA